GCGCAAAGUCGCAAGAAAACUCGACGAUCUUGGUGGCCCUUUCGAAGCACCUAUGACAGUGUGGUGAAUGCCAUCAUUCGCCCGCCGCGCGCUGAAUACCGCGACUCAAAUUUGGGACCCAAGCGUUUCCUCUUCGGCGGCCACGAGUUCAUGCGCAGCGACCUGCAAGUGCAAAAUUGCAAAGGUUUGUCCCUGGAAUGCAGUUGGUGGAAGCCCAAGAACCCGCAGCUCAUGGGCCAAAGUGCUUGGCCCUGUGUCGUGUGUUUGCACGGAAACUCCUCGUGCAGACUCGAAGCACUUCAGCACGUCCGCCUGGUGCUGAUGCGGGGCAUCACGGUCUUCGCCUUUGAUUUCGCUGGCUGCGGUCAAUCUGAAGGUGACCACAUCACCUUGGGCUAUAAUGAGAGAGAUGACGUGCAGGAGGUCAUCAAGUAUCUUCGCCAGACUGAAGAGGUCUCCACCAUAGCUCUUUGGGGUCGCUCGAUGGGUGCAGCCACUGCUUUGUUGCAUGGCCAUCGAGAUCCCAGCAUAGCAGCACUCAUUCUGGACAGUCCAUUUGCAAGUCUGGAGAUGGUCGUGCGAGAGCUGAUUGAUCGCAUGCCCAUCAGAUGCAAGCUAGGCUUCAUGGUGAAUACGGCCAUGGGCAUGGUCCGGCGCUCCGUUCGAAAGCGUACUGGCAUGGACAUCCUCAAGCUUAAGCCUAUCGAGAAUGUCCACACGUGUUUCAUUCCUUCCCUCUUCAUUGCUGGGGUCAACGAUGAGCUGAUUGACCCACAUCACACGCACGACAUUUACGAGGCCUAUGCUGGAGACAAGAACAUCGUCAUGAUUGAAGGUGACCACAAUUCUCAGAGGCCUCAAUAUUUGGCAGAUGGCAUUUCUAUAUUUUUAUACGAACGUUUGUGCCUCCCUGCAGGUUUGCCGGGUGAAUUGCCUCCAACGAAUAUCUCGGGGAUGUUGCCGGCCGCUAUGCUACCCUAUCAGCAGGAUGAUGUUGAGAUAACUCCUGGAAUAUCAGGCCAACGCUCCAGUUCGGAGCUGGCGGUGCAGGAGGCGAUCCUCAUGUCGUUGAUGAGCCCGGCCGACACCGCCAUGUGACGUAUCCGGCGGUGAUGCAACGAUGCAACCAGCAAAGCUUGUAUUGCAUCGUAGUGGCUUUGCAUGGCCGAUCAUGUUUGACUUGAU